AUGGCCGCAUCCACCAUGUCUGUCUGCUCCAGCAACCUGAGCUACGGCAGCCGGGUCUGCCUGCCUGGUUCCUGUGAUUCUUGCUCUGACUCCUCCUGGCAGGUGGACGACUGCCCAGAGAGCUGCUGCGAGCCCCCCUGCUGUGCCCCCAGCGGCUGCACCUCGGCCCCCUGCCUGACCUUCAUCUACACCCCAGUGAGCUGUGUGCCCAGCUCCUGCCAGUCAGUCUGCACCAGCUCCUGCACGCCCUCAUGCUGCCAGCAGUCUAGCUGUGAGCCAGCUUGCUGCACGUCCUCCCCCUGCCAGCAGGACUGCUGCGUGCCUGUGUGCUGUAAAACUGUCUGCUGCGUGCCCAUCUGCUACAAGCCUGUCUGCUGCGUGCCCAUCUGCUCUGCAGCUUCCUCUUCGUGCUGCCAGCAGUCUAGCUGUGAUCCCUCCUGCUGCACCUCCUCCCCCUGUCAGCAGGACUGCUCUGUGCCCGUCUGCUGCAAGCCCGUGUGCCGCGUGCCAGUCUGCUCUGUGCCCAUCUGCUCUGAGGCUUCCUCUUUGUGCUGCCAGCAGUCUAGCUCUGAGUCCUCCUGCUGCACCUCCUCCCCCUGCCAGCAGGACUGCUCUGUGCCCGUCUGCUGCAAGCCCGUGUGCCGUGUGCCAGUCUGCUCUGUGCCCGUCUGCUCUGAGGCUUCCUCUUCGUGCUGCCAGCAGUCUAGCUGCAAGUCCUCCUGCUGCACCUCCUCCCCCUGCCAGCAGGACUGCUCUGUGCCCGUCUACUGCAAGCCUGUGUGCCAUGUGCCCAUCUGCUCCGGGGCCGCCCCCUGCCCAGCCCCCUCGUGCUGCCAGCCCAGCCUCCGCCCCUCCUCCUGCUGCAGACCCUCCUCCUGUGUGUCCCUCCUCUGCCGCCCUGUGUGCAGGACCGCCUGCUGUGUGCCCGUCCCUUCCCGCUGUGCCCCUGCCUUGUCCUGCCGGCCCAGCUGCUGCCGCCCGGCCUCCUGUGUGUCCCUGCUGUACCGUCCCAGGUGCUCCCGUCCAGCCUGCUGUGGCCUCUAG